AUGUGGAGCUUGAUGUGGAGCCGCGGAGGACUGCUGGAAUCAGGCACAAGUUAUCUGAGCUGCCGCUGACAGCCAUGAUACUUUAACACACACACUGAGCGGGAGAAGGUCGGUAACGUUCGAAUCAGAAUUCCUGACACAGUCCCACAGCGGGGAGGUGAACAGUGUUACAGCGACAAGUGGAAGAGCAGAUCAAAAAAGGUGACAGAGCAGCGCUGAGAUGGCCAUCGCACACGUGGCUACAGAGUACGUGUUCAGCGAUUUCCUGCUGAAGGACCCGACCCAGGCUCAAUACCGCAGCGUCCGCACAGAGCUGGCGGUGGACAAGAUGGUGACCUGUGUGGCCGUGGGCCUGCCCCUCCUGCUCAUCUCUCUGGCCUUCGCUCAGGAGGUCUCCGUGGGGACCCAGAUCAGCUGCUUCGCUCCCUCUAACUUCUCCUGGAGGCAGGCUGUGUAUGUGGACUCGUACUGCUGGGCAACUGUGCACACACACACUCUACCUCUGUGGCUGCACAAGUUCUUCCCGUACAUCCUGCUGCUGGUGGCGGUGCUCAUGUACGUCCCGGCCCUCUUCUGGAGGUUCACUGCGGCCCCCCUCCUGCAGUCAGACCUCAGCUUCAUCAUGGAGGAGCUGGAUCGCUGCUACAACCGCGCCGUCACUCUGGCCAAACGCCUGGCCACCGCAGGCCUGCUCGGCCCCGACAGCGACCCCACUGACGGAUGUUUUAACUACCCUCUGGUGGAGAAGUUUCUGAUGACUAAGCGCUUCUCGCGCUCCAUGCUGUUUUACUACCUGCUGUGCCGGGGGCUGACUCUGGUCACCCUGCUGUGUGCCUGUGUGUACCUGGGCUACUACCUGCGCCUGGCCUCAGUCACCGACGACUUUGGCUGCGAGCUGCGGGUGGGGCUGCUGGCCUCGGACCCGGCGGUCCCGGAGAAGGUGCAGUGUAAGCUGAUUGCUGUGGGGGUCUUCUCUCUGCUCAGCCUGGUGAACUUGGUCCUGUUCAUUGCACUGGUUCCCGCGGUGAUCUAUGCCAGUCUCCGCCCCCUCUUCUGCAAUGGACAUGCCCGCUUCCUGGAAACCUACCAAUCACUGCCCACCGUGAGCAUCCUGCCCGCCCCCAGCAGCCGCUGGGACGACCUCUCUCUGUAUCUGCUCUUCCUGGAGGAGAACAUCAGCGAACUCAAGUCCUACAAAUACAUCAAGGUGCUGGAGUUGCUGAGGAGAGAGUGCUCCGGAGAGGACUUCGAUGCCAUGGGGCUGCUGCAGACUCUCUGCCUGGUGAAGAUGGACACUGUGGAUGGGAACAAGCAGGGGGGGUCUGCAGGCAAACGGGAUGCAGUAAGGAACUCUGGCAGCAGCCCCUCAGCUGCCAACAGCUCCAGCUGUCCCAACUCCAACCCAGACCCCCACAGCAAGAGGGGGACCCAGAUGAGAGAGCUCACUCCUCUGCUGCCAGGAAACGACGUGACGGGGGGAGGCGGCCACCAGGGGGGGGGGGGCCACCAGGGGGGGGGCGACCACCAGGGGGGGGGCGACCACCAGGGGGGGGCUGUCCGCCAGCGAGCGCAGUGAUGCUGCACUGAAAUCAUCAGCAUCUCAUCUUCUACCUUCAAAGGAAGAGUCGAGGCGUGUGAUCCUCCUGUGGGGACAGCUUUCAGGAAUCACUGAAUUUGUCAUUCAAACAAUUUUGGAGUUUCAGGAUAAAGCUCUACAGUACUAAGAUGCCACUGUUCUGCCCUAUGAAUUGUGGGCAAUUAUGUCGUCAGACUAAUUAAUUAAGUAGCUAUUGCUGCCAAUUUGAAAUGCCAUGAUGUCAUAUAUAUAUGUUCAUGUUAAUUCAGAUAUUAGGUGCGUGUUUUUUUAUGAUCCUCUUAAAUAUUGCCUGUUGCUUCAAAUGUUAAUCACAUGUCUGAUAUAUUUCCUGACUACUUUAAAUAAAGCCGGAUAGUGAGUGUGCAGUAGAGCCGGCUGCCUUAACCUGCAGGAUGUGUAGGACAGUUAGUGUCUAACACCAUGCGUCAACUUUACAUUCAAACUAAGAGUAUGAAAUGGUCUAAAUUGCAGUUGUACAGUUCCCUUCAAAAAGAAGAGGUGAUGUAUUUAUUUGCACUGUCAUUGUGGGAUUAUGUACUUUUGAUGAGAUGGAUGAUCACAUUUCAAGACUCUGGCGGUACUACAGAGGAACGCAGUGAUGCAGCUUCAUUUCAGAGGAGAGUUCUCAAUGUUUUGUUUCUUUGAAUAGUUUAUUCAAAGAAGUUGUUUUACAUGUCACGCUACAGCUAACAGCGGUACAAACACAAGCUUUGUGACAUUUAUCCAUUUUUCAACAAGAAUGCUUCAAAUUGUUCAUUCCUAAUGUUUAAAUGUCAAUAAGUAUAAGGCAACAGCACAUCAAAGGUAAGAGCUCAAAGGAUAUUCAGAUGGGGGCUUUAUGUUGAUCCAUGGGAGUUUAUUUAUUCUUUUUAGAUGUUUGGAUGUCUCCACCUGGAAUUGAACAUGUACAGCUUGUUGGGGAUCUCAGGGGCAGUCACAUGACAGUUUACUCUUCUACUUUGAGCCUCUUCCACUGCUUGUAUAUAUGAACUGCACUAAGUGGAACAUUUUUUACAUAUCAUGAAAUUGCUGAGGUUAUAUCUCUCUUGUGUUUUUUGUAUCACUUUUCUGCAGUUUUUUUUUUACAUGAUUGGGGUCCAAUUUCUGUGCAUUUGGCCAUUUGAAUGUGAAGUCGUGGAAAGAUACUGAUGCUUGUUGUUCUAUGAGAAAACAGUGUUUCAUUCCUGACUUUGAUGCUGGAAACUGCUGUAGGUCAUGUUUGAGAUGCCAUGAAUGUUCAUUGUGACACGUGUAGGACUGUCUGCAGUCUAAGAAAUAAAUAUGGUAGAUUUA